UGUUAUACAUUUAGAUAUUGAUGAAUUAAAAUUUGAUAAACCAAUAUACGUUGGGUUUUCUAUUUUGGAUAUUUCUAAAACAUUAAUUUUCGACUUCCACUACAACUCUAUGAUUAAGAGUUAUGGUUCAAAUAUUCAACUGAUGUAUACAGAUACAGGUACAUAUUAUAUAUAUAUUACAUUAAUGUUUAUUUACAACAUAUAUUUUUUGUUUAGAUUCAUUGAUAUACUUCAUAAAGACAUCCGAUUUCUACGCGGAUUUGUUAAAUAAACCCGAACUAUUACUACGUAUGGAUACUUCGAACUUGCCGGUCAAUCAUAAAUGCUAUUGUAUUGACAGGAAAAAAUUACCGGGUACAUUUACUGAUGAAACGGAUGGAAAAGCGAUUACAGAGUUUGUUGCCCUACGAGAUAAAUCAUAUGCAUAUAAUCUAUCGGGUGUAGAAAAAAUCAAGGCGAAAGGUGUUAGAGGACAUGUCGUUAAAAAUCAUUUGAGCUUAGCAGAUCAUAAACAAUGUUUAUUUUGGGACGGACCAAUGGUUGACAGUGACACUAGUAGAAGUGUAGCUUUAAAUCAAUUCGAGUUGUUUAAAUCCAUAGGUCACACAUCUUCAACAAAACAGUAUACACCGUUUCGUGUAAAUGUAUCACUAAGAUCAUUUAAACAUCAAAUGAAAUCAAUUUCAACAGUUAAAUUAGCUUUAAACCGAUCUGAUGAUAAGAGGCUAGUACUUGAAAACCAAAUUCAUACCUUGGCUCAUGGACACUAUCGCAUUGAGGAACUUGAGAGGGUGGAAGCAGAGAUGGCAGCAAUGUUGGAGGGAAUAGGAUAUUAAGUUUUAUUUAAAAAUCAUGUAUAAUUUUUCUGUAAAUAUUAUGUUUAUGUAUAUUAUUGGUUUUUAUAUUUUAGUUAUUAUUUUUGUCUGU